AUGGCGCUCGGCGCGCGCGCCGGCGCUCGAUUGGCGCGCCUCCUGCGCGCGCCGGCGCGCCGCUUCGCCGCCUCGAAGCAUCCCAUCCAGGAGGCCAAGGACCCGUCGAAGCGGCGCAUCCUCGAGCUCGCCCUCGUGCGCCACGGCCAGAGCGAGGGCAACGUCGCCUACUCGAAGUCGGUGCACGGCGACUCGUCGAUGUACAGCGGCAAGUUCCUCGACCGGCACAGCUCCCUCUGGCGGCUCACGGACCGGGGCCGGGGCGAGGCCGUCGAGGCCGGCGCGUGGCUCCGGGACCGUUGCGCGCCCUUCGACGCCUUCUACACGUCGGAGUUCCUGCGGGCCAUGGAGACGGCGGCGCUCCUGGGCAUGGACGGCGCGCAGUGGCACACGGAGACGAACUGCCGCGAGCGCGACUGGGGCGCGCUCGACCUGCUGCCCAAGGGCGGCGAGGACCCGGAGGAGGACCAGCGGCGGCGGCGCCACGGCCUCUACUUCGCGCCGAGCGGCGGCGAGUCGCUCGCGUCCGUGAUCAUCCGCGUCGACCUCAUCCUCGCGUACCUCAACGGCCGCUACCCCGGCCGCCGCGUGCUCAUGGUCUGCCACGGCGAGCUCAUGUGGGCCUUCCGGCUCCGCUUCGAGAAGCUGAACCAGAUCCAGUACCGCGACAUGGCCGACGUCGCGCGCGGCGACGAGCGCAUCCACAACGGGUCCGUGCUGAGGUUCAGCCGCCAGGACCCGGCCUCGGGCGCGAUCCACGACCACUUCCGCUUCAUGCAGCUCGCGACGCCCUGGCACGCCGACGAGGCGAAGCGGCGGCCCCAGUGGCGCACGUUCCGGCCCAACUCCUACUCGAACGGGGAGCUCCUCGACCUCGUCAACCGGUUCCCGCGCUACUACGAGGGCAGCCUGAGCGACCCGCCGGACGAGCCGGACUCGUGA